AUGGAAGACAAUUUUUUGUUUAAUUUCAAACAUAAAAAGAAAACUAUGAGUUCAUCUGGAACAGUGACAACGCCAAGAGAUAAAUAUCAUUAUCAACCAUAUCAAAAAAUUUUAUUCAAUAAUAUUAUUAAACGUGGAAAACAUUAUGAAGAUAUUAUGAAAUUGAAAGAUCGAAUUGAUCGACCAAUACCAACAAUGCAAGCAGUUAUACGUUCUGAUAUGGAACGACAUAAGACAAACAAAGUUUUUGAACGACGAUUAAAAGAAAAUAUUAGUGGACCAAGAGGAUUAAAUUCACAAUGCAGAUUAGAAUUGCAGCGAUUACGAAAUGAUGAACGAUGGGUAGAACGAGAAUUACUUCGUCUAAAUUUAGACAUGUAUAAGAUAGCGACAAAUCCACGACAAAGUCAAGUGAGAAAAGCUUCAUCGGAUAUUACUACGAUGACCUCGUCAUACAAUUCAUCUAAAAUUAUACGUUCACAAUCACAUCGUCAACAAUCAGUAUUACUUCCUGUCAGAGAAUUCGAAGAAACAGAAUCUGUAACAAGUUUUAGCACAUUGCCAUCAGUUGUAACAUCGUGUUCAAAUAAUCCAACUAACAUAGAUGUAUUAGAAAAACAAAAAACGACAUUUUCACUAUUGCCAGAAUUUCCACAAAUUCAAACAUCAGAAGUUCGUAAAUUAUCAACGAACCAUGUUACAAUAAAACAGCCACAACAGCAACAACAACAAUCGCAUCGUCAGAGACAGACAGACAAAUCGAUACAAAAUCAAACUUAUUUUCCCGAUUUUUUACUACGAAAAUACAGUCUAACUCAAUUACUUGUUCAGAAUCGAAAUCGUACAAAAUCAACAACCCAUUAUGUUGACAAUAUGAAUAAACGAAAUCAAGAGAUAAAUCAAAAAUUAAAAAAGUUUUUAAACUAA